AACAAAAGUGACUUUUUUUGUUUUGUGUAAGUAAAAUUAUUAUUGGAAUUCAUAUGGAUGGAAUUCAUAAUCAUAAAAUCAAGUGUGAUAAAAUGGAAAUGGAAGUAAAACAAGAAAGUAGCGAGGAAACAUGUAAAAUAGAAAUAGAGUAUAAUGACAUGAAUGAUGCCCUUUUAGAAGGCUUGAAAUGUGAAAUUAAGCAUGAAUCUUAUAGGCAGGACACAUAUUAUGAUUCUUUGGAUUUAAAGAAAUGUCCCAUAAAUACUGAAAUAGAACAACAUGGAAGUAAACUCGACCCGUUUGAAGAAGACCAAAAAACUGAAAAAGGUUAUUUCCAAAAUGAAAACAAAAUGGAGAUUACGGAGAAACUUGUUAAAGAUUCGUCUUACCAAGGAAAUGAUGUGACUCGACAUACUCAAGGGAAAACAUUAAAUAAUAAUAUGAAAGAUGUGACUGGCGAUAGGUCUUAUAAAUGUGAAAUUUGUUUUAAGCCAUUUAGUCAAGCAAGUAAUUUGAACAGACAUUUGAGAGCGCACACUGGGGAAAAACCUCACAAGUGUGAAAUUUGUUUUAAGCAAUUUUCUACAGCGUGUACUUUAAAAGGGCAUUUAAGAAUACACGCUGGAGAAAAACCAUACAAGUGUGAAAUUUGUUUUAAGCAAUUUAGUCACGCAAGUAAUUUGAACAGACAUUUGAGAGCGCACACUGGGGAAAAACCUCACAAGUGUGAAAUUUGUUUUAAGCAAUUUAGUCAAGCAGGUACUUUAAAAGAGCAUUUAAGAAUACACACUGGAGAAAAACCAUACAAGUGUGAAAUCUGUCUUAAACAAUUUAGCGAAGCAGGUACUUUGAAAAAACAUUUGAUGGUGCAUACUGGGGAAAAACCUCACAAGUGUGAAAUUUGUUUUAAACAAUUUGCGCAUAAACAUCGAUUAACUUCUCACAUGACAGUUCACACUGGAGACAAACCUCACAAGUGUGAAAUUUGUUUUAAGCAAUUUAGUCAAGCAAUGAGUUUGAACGAACAUUUGAGAAGGCACACUGGGGAAGAACCUCACAAGUGAAAUUUGUUUUAAGCGAUUUACUAGAACAAGUGAUUUGAAAAGACAUUUCAUAGUGCACACUGGGGAAAAACCUCACAAGUGUGAAAUUUGUUUUAAGCGAUUUAGUCAAUCAUGUUAUUUGAAAGAACAUUUGAGAGUGCACACUGGGGAAAAACCUCACAAGUGUGAAAUUUGUUUCAAGCAGUUUUACCAAGCAAGUAAUUUCAAAGUGCAUUUGAGAGUGCACACUGGGGAAAAACCUUACAAGUGUGAGAUUUGUUUUAAAGAAUUUGCUCAUAAAUGUAGAUUAACUGUUCACAUGACUGUUCACACAGGAGAACUACCUCACAAGUGAAUCGGUUAUGUCAAAAACCACCUAAGUGCGCUUUUUUCAACUUUCGGAAAAACUAAAACUAAACUAAAAAAACUGUUGUGUAUCUUAAGUAUAGGUAUUUAUAGUAUCCUUCAAAUAUUUUUUUACCAAAUCAAAAACAUGGUAUUGGAAUAUUCUGUUUUUUUUAAUUGUUUUUGUCUUAAAAUUUUUGAGUUAUAAAUUUUUGAACAUUUUUUCUAAAUCACUAUUGAAAUUAAGUCAAACCAUUAAUUUUUUGGAGUGUUUUUACUACGCCUAUUUCGAAAAAUAUUAAAUAGUGGGGUAAGUUUUGCAUAUAGUCGCACUAGUAAGACUAGUGACCAUGUCCUUCUUAAAAAUUUCAAUAUAAUUCGCGCGAAUUGUCUGCGCAAAAAACUUAGCGAAACUAUAAACUCAGUUUUUUAUGCUCUUUUCAUAUAUGCAAACGGUUUUUGAAAAUUUCAAUAUACAGGGUGUUAUUUCAAUGUCACAAUUACUUCAUAUUGUUUAUUAAUCCGGACCUGGAUUUUUCUUGUGAUUAGGGUCGUUUGGUUCUAAAUGAGACAUAUGUGUACCAAAUAUCAAAAAAAUAAACAAGGUGGUUCUAAACACUGGUGAAUAAAACACCCUGUAACUCGGUUAUAAAAAUCGGUGGGGCAAUAAAUGUAACAUGUCUAGAACCGCCUCAGUGACCUCUAUUCACCAUUUAAGUAUUUCCGUGUCCCACUGAAACACCCUGUACAUGUAAAACAAAAAAUUAACGUCUAAUUUAGUGAAGGCUACGCCAACCGUCGCGUCGUGAGUGAAAUUCACCGCAGAAAGAACCUAAGCGAUGGCGCUUUGGUUCUUUCUGAAGUAAAGGGAUUAUUUCCAAGGCUGCCAAAUAGCAUUGCUGAUAUGGAAUAUAGGUUUUUUCCGAACUAAAAGAUGUAUUUACCUUUAAAUUGUACAGUACCACCAAAAACAUAUUUUUUGAUAUGUUGUCACUUAGGUGCGUUCUGAAAUAAACGAUUCAAGUGUGGAAUUUGUUUUAAGUAAUUUACUAGAACAAGUGAUUUGAAAAGACAUUUCAUAGUGCACACUGGGGAACAGUAUCGUACUGAGCAUGGCUCAGCGGAACCUGGGCCCUCGCUCUAACGCGCUUUUUGCUUCUUUUUUUACUAAUUUGUUUGGGACAUUUUUAACUAUACAGGUACACACUACGAAAUGUAACUGCCUAAUAAAUUUUAAUUUUUGUGUAGGUAUUUAUAAAUAAAAACAAAAAUACCUAUUUAUCAAAAAAUUGUAAAACCAAAUUUAUUAAGAAACACAGAAAACGCUAUUGUUAGGUUCCUUCGUUUUACCUGCUAAACAAAGCCCUUGUCUCAACCGCCGGUGCCUGCCUAAAACUCACUAACACAAACACUUUUGUAUUUUUUAUAUUAAUGAUCCAUGAGUACCUAAGUUAUAAACUGCAAAGUUGCAGUAAUUCGGAAACAGUAUUCAGUGCAAGUUUUAUACAUUGGGUCAUAAAAAUAAUCCCAAUAUAGCACCCUAAUAACACUGCAUAAAUAUAGACAAUUAUUAUAGUGGUAAGAAUAAUAAGGAUAAACUAUAGGCACUAAUUUAUUUCUAAGAAAAUCUCGUUUGAUUAAUAUCAACCUCGCCGAUCCAAGGUUUUUUUGAUAUUUUUUUAUUUAAGGGUUUUAUCUCUCUAGAGAUUUUAGGCUAUUAAUUAUAUUCAAAAUAAGAUAGCUAAAAGGAACUACAACGUUAACGGGGUUUUA